CGGUUGUUUAAAGUAUUCAAAUAGAUAGAGAACCAUUUAGAGGAACUCUAUACAUAGAGGAUCCAGCAGCGUCCUCUAAAUUUAGAGGACCGUUUAGAGGACGUUGUUGGAGGGGUAGAGGACGUCCUCAUCCUCUAAAUUUAGGGUACAGGAGCAUUUAGAGCUCCUUGUUGGAGCUAGUCUAAGGACGGAGGGAAAAACAAGGCCGCAGGCCCGCAGCUCCGCGCGAACAACAGCCAACCACCCACCUCACGUCGCGACCUGCGAGCUCCACCUCCGGCCUCCGCCCGCCCGCCCACACCACCAACGCCCGGAAUAGGCAGUUGCAGUUGCAGCAGCAGCCAGCCAGACCCGCCCCGCCAUCGUAGGAGGAGGCCCAUGCCGCGGGGGCAGCAGGGGGCAGGGUAGAAUGGGCAACGUCACGUCGUCGGUGGCGGCGCGGUUGGCCUUCUUCCCGCCGGAGCCGGCGACGUACGGCGUCGAGCCCGCGGACCAGGACGGUGCUGGCGCCGGCUCUCUGCUGCGGAUGACGGGGGUGUCGCCGGACGCGGGCGUCGAGGUGCGCGCGCUGCCCACCAGGGCCGGCACGCGCGUCGUCUCCGCCUUCUGGCGCCACCCCGCGGCGCGGCUCACGCUGCUCUACUCCCACGGCAACGCCGCCGACCUCGGCCAGAUGCUCGGCCUCCUCCUCGAGCUCCGCACGCACCUCCGCGUCAACAUCAUGAGCUAUGAUUAUUCAGGCUAUGGUGCCUCUACAGGAAAACCAUCAGAGUACAACACAUACAAUGACAUAGAGGCCGUUUAUGAUUGCUUGAAAAAGGAGUAUGGGAUAGAAGAAGAGGAUUUAAUCUUGUAUGGGCAAUCAGUUGGAAGUGGACCGACAUUGCAUUUAGCCUCACGUCUGGAAAAUAUAAGAGGGGUUGUGCUUCACAGUGGUAUACUCUCUGGCAUACGGGUUCUGUAUCCAGUCAAAGUGACACUUUGGUUCGACAUCUUCAAGAACAUCGACAAAAUAAAGCAGGUUGACUGCCCUGUGUUGGUCAUACAUGGCACAGCCGAUGAGAUCGUGGACUUCACGCAUGGCAAGCGGCUGUGGGAGCUAGCCAAGGAGAAGUACGAGCCGCUGUGGAUCAAAGGCGGUGGGCAUUGCAACCUGGAGACGUACCCGGAGUACAUCAGGCACCUGCGCAAGUUCAUAAACGCCAUGGAGAAGCUGGCAAAGGACAGCAAGGCGGCCAGGGCGCCGCCGCCGUCGAGCAUGGCCGACGAAGUAAGACGCACCAAGUGCUUGAGAUUCGGGAAGAGAUGAGGCUGGCGGCGAGGCCAUGCGGGUCUCGGCCGUCUUUAGCUGCGUACGCCAGUCACUAACCCCCUGCUGCAUUGCAUUGCAUUGCUUUGCUGCUGCUCGUGCCGUGUGCAAGUCGAAGGAGCGAUGUCACUGGUCGUCGAUGAGGAAGGAAGGGACUAAGGAAAGCAGGCAGAUGAAUGGGGAUUGUUUGCCUGUUGAGUUGUACGUGCUGCUCUCUCUGCAGACGUCGACGACCUGGGAAGGAAACGCAGCAGCAACCCUAGGUCAUGUAUGAUCCGUGUGAGCUGAGUUCAGAGUAGAGUAGACAGAAAGACCUGUGGCUGCUGCAGUGUGCUGCAGAUCGGGAGAUGCCUUUGCUUUCCUAGUGGUUGUGCAAAGGAAUUCGUAGCGUAAUUUUUCUUUCUCAUUUUUCCUACCUGUAUUGUAGUCACUGUGCAAAGGAAUUCGUUUUGAUUGAUUGAUUGGUUGCUGCAACAAA